AUGCGUGCUCACAGGUUUGCAGAGUUGGUGGUGAUAGCGGUAAGCGGAAAAGGGACGGGGGCUUCGUGGAAUGGCGAGAAAUCGAGUGUGAGACGAGGUUGGGGGGGAUACGUCGAGCGAGCUGGACGAGAGGACAAAAAUGGUAGAGCCAUCGAGAUGCAGGCACGGACAGACAAGUUUAUCUGGACCGAAAUCAACUCAGAGGCUGGUAGGAAAAGGGAAUGUCAGGCCCAGUUGGGAAGCUGGCAUUGGAUACGCCCUUCAGGAGUUACGAUCAAGAAGGCAAACGGAGGAGAGCAAACCCUUGUCACUCGGGUCUGUCGUGAGGCGAGGCGAAGCAAGGCCAAAAGAGUCAGACAAGCGGUUGGCAGCAGCGUAAUGCCGGCCGCUCUUGCGCCCAUUCAUACAAGGCCUUACUCAUACUCAGUCCCAAUCACAUACGGGCAAACGCAUCGGCUCACCUGA